AUGCAAGAAACCAUCCUGGAUAUACAGUCACGCAGUAUGAGAGACAAUCUAAUCUUCUCCGCAUUCCCGAAUCACCACCGAAGACCCGAAAAAUCUGUUAAGGACUUCCUGGUUAAUCAGCUCAAACUUACACCGGAGACUGUGGAGCACAUCACUUUCCAUCGCGUUCACCGUUUAGGACAGAAACACAUCAACUCCACCCGUUCCCGCCCCAUCAUCGCCAAAUUUGAACAUUUCAAACAAAAAGUACUGGUUCAGCGACAAGGACGGCAGCUCAAAGGGACUCAUUACGGACUCAACGACCAAUAUCCACAAGAGAUCAUCCGCAGACGUAAGCUACUUUUCCCCAUCCGCAAGACAAUGAUCAACCAAGCUGAAAAUUCACAUUUAAGGCACCUGGAAGACAUUAAAGAAUCCAUAGAUACUCAGGAUCUCCCAUCAGCCAUAAACACGAUUAAAAAUUAUCUUGACAUGCAAGAUCUUGAAGAACUUAACAUUGGUAUCACAGGGGAGUCUGGUUCUGGCAAGUCCUCCUUUGUCAAUGCUUUCAGGGGUUUAGGAGAUGAAGAUGAGGGCUCUGCCGAAACUGGUGUAGUGGAGACCACUAUGGAACCUAAGGUUUAUCUUCACCCACAACACAACAAUGUGAAAGUCUGGGAUCUUCCUGGCAUUGGAUCACCAAACUUCAAAACCAACGAGUACCUUAAACUGGUUAACAUUGAACGAUAUGAUGUAUUCAUUGUCAUUGCUGCUGAUCGAUUUAAGGAAUGCCACGAACUGCUGGCCAAAGAGAUCACAGGAAUGGGGAAAAAGUUUUAUUUUGUUCGUUCUAAGAUUGACUCUAACAUUGCUGCUGAGAAGAGGAAAAAGAAGGCCAACUUUGAUGAGAAAAAUACACUUCGUUCCAUCAGAGAGUACUGUGAAAACGGGCUGAGAGAGAUCGAUGUGAAGGAUCCUGUUGUUUUCCUGAUCUCCUCCCAUGAAUCGGGAAACUAUGAUUUUGAUCUGCUGGAGAAGAAGAUAGAGGCAGAUCUUCCAGAGCAUAAGAGGGAUGUGCUGCUAUUAGCUUUGCCAAAUAUCACACUGGAGAUUAAUGAGAAAAAGAAGAAAGCUCAAGAGAAACGUAUUUCAAGAGUAGCCUUUCUGUCUGCUUUAGGGGCUGCGGUUCCUGUUCCUGGUCUUUCAAUUGUUGUGGAUUCAGCCAUUAUAACAAAAGAGAUAGAAAGGUAUUUCAAAGUUUUUGGUCUCGAUGAUGAAUCCUUGCAGAAACUCUGUGAAAACUCUCAGAAGAGCAUAGAGCAUUACAAGAGUUUGAUGAAGUCGUCACUGCGUGGUGGAAUAAACCCAACUUUGGUAUUCACUUUACUGAGUGCUGCAUCUCUGGCUGUGGCUGGAGAUGCAGUUGAGUAUGCUAUGAGUCUCAUACCCAUAAUUGGUACUGUGAUUGCCGGAGGAAUGUCCUUUUGCACAGUCUCAGCAAUGCUGCACAAAGCUCUGAAUGAAAUUGCAGAGGAUGCCAGAAAUGUGCUUUUGGAUUCAGUGCAGACUGAAGUGUAAACAGAACGUCACAGACCU